AUGAAGGAGAAAGGCAAUAAGCCAAACCCCUUAAAUGGGGAAUACCACAUCCCACCUGAGGAGGAGGUGGAGUAUGAGGAAGUUGGCGCUUUGCUGCUUCGGCCUGCACCCCCCAUUGCAGAACAACAGCGCCCGCAGUCAGAAAACUUAAGUGCCGUGCGUCUAAUCUACGAGGAAGAGCCAAGGCAAAGCAAGAAUCAUGUUCGUUACGGUCGCCUGCUUCCCUCUAAGCUAGCACCGGUUCAGCUUGGCGAGUCCCUGGAUAAUUUGACAGCUACACCGCCUAUUCCACCCGCUUCACUUACCGGCUCGCGUAUGCGAACUCCACGAGGAAUUCAGCGCAAUAAUUUUAUGUCGGGACCUCGGCCCCAUAGCUUGCCCUCGCCAGAAAGCGCUUAUUCCACGGGCUACUCCACAGAUGGCACAUCGCCCUGCGCCGCCAGCAACUAUAAUCCACCUGAGUACUACAUUAACAUGCGCUCGGGAACCCACUAUUUCCCGAAGAGCGUCAACUCGCUGGCCGUCGAGGCCCAGCGUUACAAGUUCGGCCUAAACCGCAUAGAGGAGAUGUCGCCUAUGGAUCCGUUGCCCAAGAGCAACUUCGCAACUGCCACUCAUGGCCUGGAGUCGUCGCCUAGUCCGCUAGCUCUGCGGCAGCAGUCAAAGCUCUUUGAGUCUCCCUCGCCGAGACAGCGCUGUCGCAUAAGAACAAAUCCCUGGUACAACACGGGAGAGCUCUUGCCUACCUCCUCAGGCCCCACACGCAUGGAUCUGGAUGCGACCAGUACUACCUCCACGACCUCGUCGGGCAUUAAGUCAAGCAAUGAACUGGAAGUUCCGGUGGCCAAAACAAUAGCAAACAAAGCAGGAAAGCCAGUCCCUUAUGCAGCAACCCCCAACUGCAGAGCUACUCCUAGCCAGGCAGCCAAACAGGCUGAUAUGGACAUUGUUGGGGGAGGGCCUGGUGUUGCACCUGGAGCGGGAGUCGUUUACGAGUCCGAGGGCUCCUCGACUUCGACUGAAGUGGAAAAUAUGCAUGCCCCACAUACUAUUAAGCGGCGUCACUUGGAGCACGCCGAGACUACAACAACUUCAGCGCCCGUGGCAGCUGGUGGUGGAACUGGAGCUACCACCACAUCCUUCGUUCUUAGUGACGACGAGGCCACCCUUAAUGAAAUGAUUGGGAAGUUCGACGAGAGUUACAUUUACGAAAAGGAAACUGAUAUAUUAAGCAGUGAUUCAGACCUUACUGACUGCUGCGCUUCGGAGCUAGACACUGGACAGGAUGCGGGUGAUGAGUGUGAUACAGACGAGUUGUUGGACAUUGACUUUAUAGACACUUCAUCCAUGCAAGAGGUGGAACUGGACCGCAAGGAUCUGUCACGAAAUCUGGGCAACUGUCACUACUAUUCUAAUCACCCUAUCAGUCCGAUGCUCAAUCGAAAGGCAUCAGUCCGUUCCCGACGCAAGAGCGGCCAGGAGACAGGGGAAAGCUCUCAACAGCGCCGACGCAAGCGGUUCCUUAAAACACGUAAGAAGAGUUGUGAAAAUCGCGAAAAGACCUCUUCGUCACCCCUUCGUGAGCCACGAGGCACCCGAAGUGUGGGUGGCACCCCCGUCUGUUUGCGCCGCAAUCUACUGGGUCCAAGGGAGAGAAUAUACAAGACGUCUCCCCUGUCAAACCGCUCCAACUCGCUAAUCUUUGGAAGCAUGAAAAAAAAGUCCACACUCACCAUCGCAGAAAGCGAAAAAGCACUUCUUAAAGCAGACUUGGAGGCUGAUAUGAAAUACAAACAACUAAUUAUGGAAGCGGAGUCCUUGCUGGAAUCGAUGAAGAACAGCUUACAGAGCAUUCCCAGAGACACGCCUGUCGCCAGCCCAAGACGAGUGAAUCCCUUAGCUAACAAGCGCGUGGAAAUGCUUAAAAACAGUGAAGUGGACUCAAAAAAACAGACUCUGGUUCCGAACUCUCCUCCGCUUGAGCAUGAGUUAGCAGCAGCCAUUAAUAAGCGCAUAGAGAUGCUUAAGUUUGAGACAUCGGCUGCUUCUUCGCCACCAAACAGUCCUAAGCCUGCCCGAUGCAGUCCUCGCAAAACGCAUCUGACCAACUUUAUGAAUCAAAAUGCUCCACCAGAGUUGCCGCCACGCAAAAUAAAAGGUAACCCUCCCUCUGCUCCACUCUCGCCACAACUUCAGCUAAAUGGAAGGAGUAUUCAGGAGAGUCCAAAGACCAAGCGACGCACGAUGAUGGUGACUUCAACGACCACGACAACGGUGAUCAGCUUCAACGGCAGUGAUUCUGAGAUGGAGUGCAUAGCUGUAGAGGAUAUUGGCAAUCACAACUACUUGCCUCAGCCGCAAUCGAAUACGGUGGAUGGAAAAUAUGGAUCGAAUACGAAAAUGCAAAAUCCAUUGCAUGCCGAAUUAAAUAUUAAUAACAACUUUUACUGCCCACACAGCGAGCCCUUAAAGCGCAAGGUAUACAAGGGUAGCUCAUCGUUUGAGCGCAUAAAGAAAAACUUCGACUUCGAAUUGGAUUCGAACGGACGGUGCAAGUCUAAUGAGCGUUCGCAAAUUAAGCUUUUGGCCUCCGUGUCGGCCAAGAGCUCUAUGCAAGACGUGACCGUUGACGAGGCCAAGGGCCAUGCAAUAGGCGGUAGUAACCGCAAGCAGCAGCUCAUACUGAAUACCAUUGUCGAUUUAAAGCGCAGCUUGGAGCAUCAAAGCCAUCAACUGAGUGGAUUUAAUGGCGAAUAGAACUGAGUGAACUAAUAGGACUAAUAUCAUCAUCAUACAUAUUCACAAUGCAUCAUAUAGAAAGUAACUAGUUGGCUAAGAUAUUGAGUCCAAAAGAGUCCCUCAGACUAGACACUGAAACGAAGCGCAAUAACUUUAACUUAUAAGGGAAGACGAUUAUUUACAAAAAUACUAGAAUACUCAAGGGCCGUAAUAGACCAUAUGAACUGGUGCAGAAUCUUAUCACAAAAAGUAUUUAGCAUGUAGCGAAUUGUUUUUGACGGAACUUUUACAUUAUAAUCGUAAUCAUAACCCAGAAGUUUUCAAAGUAAUAUUUUCAGUUUUAAAAUGUAUUUUAGACACCAUAGAUUUUAGUUAAAGCAUAUCAAAAGAUUUGUAUACUAAGUAAUAUUCUGUUGAAAUUAAUCGUUUCUGUUAUUUACACCAAUUUUGUUUUGGACAUAUACAUUGUUUUCAUUAAAAACUCGAAACAUCUAUUUUGUGCGGUCUAUGUGCCCAAGCUGAAAGUGUGUUCAGAACACUAUUUCCGUGGCAUGUCCAUUAUACUAUCCUAACAACUCAUACUAUCCAAUCAUAGCUUGAAUACGUUGAUAUUAGUAACUAUACCAAACUACAUAAGUUAAUAACUGGUAGUAUUCCUUAGUUUUUAACGAGCGUGAGCGCGUGUGCGUUAAUGUGGAAAAUAUACUAACAUUUCAAUGCAAAUCCCAUUUGAACGUCGCCUACACUUAUA